AUGGUAAGUAGACAAAAAAGUCGACAUUGGGCUGGAGGAUUACCUGAAUUUAUUAAUGACAUUCUAAUAGAUGGACAAGUUUCAAGGUCCGAAUGUCAAUCUUAUCUCGGUCCAUCUAUGUUUGAUCUCACUACGAAAUCAUACAUAGUAAACUUCUCAGCACGUGACUUUAUCUUCCCGGAACCGGCAAGUCAUCAUUAUGAUAAAACGGUAAUUCGCCGGAUAAAUUUUCAAAUCGUUUUAAAAGAUCAGUUUUAUCCACCCGGCGGAGAUGCUCAAAUGUCUGCACACUUAUUUGAUGCAGAAUCACAAGCUGUUUCACCAAACGGAUUGAAAUAUUCAGAGGCCGAAAUCAACUCUACAGUCUAUUCUAACUUCUACACUCUUGGGAAGAGCCAGCACAACGUUUUCAAGAUUGAACGCACUAUCCGUAAGUUUAUAAUCCCAAGUCUACAGAAUGUUCUCAUUGGAAGACCUAAUUUUGUAACCUUACCUAUGCUAAGUAGUACAUACGCCUCAUUUCCGCUCGUUGGUGUUAGUAACAAUAUAUACGCACGUGCUUCUGUCGAACCUUCCUCCUAUAUAGUUAAUACAGAAAUAGAAAAGUCUGAUUUAACUUUACUCGAUGUAUUAAGUGCCUUAGGGGGUAUGUAUUCUUUAAUUAUGGCAUUCUACGUAAUAUUGUAUGGCGAUAAGUCCAUCGAACCAUGGGGUUUGAUCCAGAAAUUACGGGCCAAAUCUGUCAGAAAUGAAUUGGAGGAUAAGAAGGGUAAGCAUAUUGAUAUGACUGAAUGGAUUAAACCCCCUCAGGGUGAGAAAACUGCCACAUCUAGAAGCAAUGUCGCUGACUCAGCUAGCGAGGAUAUAGAAAGUAGUCCAGGGGAAAGCACAGUCAGCGUAGCAAUUGAUGAAAAAACGAAGAUUGAAGUAGAUCCAAUGGAAGAACUCAAGAGCAAAGUUGCAAUUUUGGAAAAAAGACAACAAGCAUUGGAAAACUUUUUGCAGAAUUAUGUUGUUAGUAUGAGCUUUUAUACUGAGAAAGAUAAUAGAACAAAAUGUUUUUAA